AUGGUGGCAAAGCUACGGCAUAGCUUGUUCCACAGCGGCUGCGGGCUCAGGCCACGCAUGAGGCUCAUGGGUGUUUUCCUCCUGCUGCUCUUGGCACUUUCUGCAGGGCAGCCCGAGCACGACCAGCUUCAAAUAUUGCAUGCAACACGAGCUGAGCGGCGAAUACUGCUACAAAACGAGGUUCUUGAGUACGUGGAGAUCGACUUGCACUUCUCCGCACCUGUCUAUGUCAUCAGCUGCGCUCAAACCCGUGGGCUCCACGUGGCUGAAGCGGACCGCUGCACAAGCUGUCCAACAGGCUGCACACUGUCAGCGGCCUUCAGCAGGUACCCGUACGUUCCGGACUUGUUGCCAAAGUUGCAAUCGGAGCCUGAGUGCAUUUGCGGCAUAAGCUUCGAAGAGAUGCAAUUGAAGGUCCAGGCUUGGCCCGGCGAUCAGGGCUUCAAUGCUCUGACUGACAGGAGACCGGCCUUCAUCCAUGGAGUUCGUGACACACCCUCUAUGUAUAGCUCCGCUGUUUGGAAGUUUGAUGCGCUUAUGGCCUCACUAAAGUGCCCAAAUGAAGCCAAUAUGACUCCAGCUUUAGCCAGGAUCAGACGCUUUGGUAUCAACGGGCUGCCGUUGGACAAUUCCCUUCUGUGGUUUCAACGCUUUGAGACUGCUUUUGGCGUUGAAACCAUCGGCCGGCUUCUGGCAAACGCCUCGAAGUCAUACAGCUCACGGCGUGCAGUCUUUCUCUUGCCAGUGAGACGCACAAAACAUGGACGAACCAAGCAGUUGGGACUCUCAUUGCAAGAGCUGGCGCCUUGCCGCUUGGACCUGCCCUACUUGGUUGGUCCUCGGGGGGAGCCGGCUGAGAGUGUGCAGAGCAUCGGUGCUUUGCCGGAACGGAAGUUCCCAUGCAAAUCGGAGAGUCUAGAGGCAGUUCAUCGGCAGAUGAAGGCAGUCAUGGACCAGGUGCUGACAGCAGGCCGCCAAGAUGGUCACUGCAUCUCCGACUGGAGGACAACCUUCCCUCCACGAGGGCGCGGUGGUCCUGGCGGCACAUCUGGAAGCGAUUACAGGUUUGGAGAUCAAGGUGCAAAUGAGACGUACUCUCCUUACACUUCAGAGAAUUCUGGAGAAAGGACACGUAAAGUCGGUGUUUUGGCCUAUCGCAACGAUUUUGUGUCUCCCACGCCCGCCAUGGAAAUGCCUUGCAGCGUGUACCGAUGGCAGCUGCGUCUUCGAUCGCAUAACAUGCGCGAACGUGCAGUCUCAUACACUGCGGCUGAUGCAGUGAAUGGGUGCUGGUCGCUGAUGGAGAGCAGCUUGAGGUUUGAGUCUCGGCCAGUUGUUGCACACUCCCAGAGCUGUACCAAAGAUCCAGAAGAUGACGACUUUGUGUUCGACCCUUGUUGUAACUUGCAGCGGCUGAGAUGGCAGUGUUGUGCUAAGCAGGCGAAAACGAUUCAGAAAUCUGUCCUCACAGCAGUGGACUACAACGCAAUGGCUCAGUGUCGCAGGGAUGAGCAUGGAAGAGCAAGUUUUGCGAAGGCGGCUAUUGCCGGCGCCAUGGCCUGGAAGCGCCGUUUGACGGAGCCACUUGGUCUUCAAUUGAGCUGGAUGAAGUUGGCGGUCCAGGAGCAGGCCAAUGCGGCAAUGUGGAGAUCUAUUGAACAGUGCCACGCGGAUGUCAUGGGCCGCUUUGAUCGAGAGUCUGGUAUGUACCUCGGCACACCGUGUUUGAUUGACAGCGAUUGCUUCACACGGUGCCGGAAGCCCGUGCUGGAAAGCUUGCAGGUGCGGGUGGCGCUCAGCCAGGGAUCUCCGGUGAAGCAGAUGGUGCUGGGACGUUGCACUGUUCCAUCCGAGAGCCGCCAUGUCUACAUCGUGCGCUGCCUGGCGCGGCGCUUGGGGAAGGAGGUGGUGGAGUUGUUGGCUGCGCAGUUAGGGCUUGAAGUUCCUAAUCGAAACGAAGCGACCAUUGCCUCCUCCCUUGCCAGUGACCAGUCACGCAUGACCAGUGCAUGUGUGGGACCGUUAGCUACUCCAGGCCAGGCCGUGUCAAGGGAGGAAUGCCUCAGACCUGAAGGCUGCAACUGGCACCACGAGAUUCGAACUGCCGAAGAGUGCACCGCAGAGCAGUUUCAAAACGAUGCGUUCUGUGGCUGCCUGGAGGGUAGCUGCCCACAGCAGAGUAGACGAGCUGGGUGCAUUACUGGUGCAAAAUACACAGACUACUGCACAGACGCUCGAGAAAUGUUGCGUCCACUGGAACUGGCAUGUGCUAGUAUUGCCACAAGCUCAGUGGAGCUCGCACGAUGUCGGAACCUGGCAGACGUGCACAGCUUCAUGUUUAGGCACUGCAUUUCAUCCCCCUGCACUCCACGAGCCGCGUAUUUCUGGGCUGAUGAGAAAUGCAAUGACAACAUGAGGCGGGAGUUUCAGGGUUGCUACGACUCCUGCGUCAUGCCAAGCGGGCCAAAUCCAGCGCUCGGCCGGAAAGUAUGUUUCCACGAGCUGUGGCCUAACGAGACCGACCAAGACUGCUACCAGAAGCCUGGGGAUACUAUGGUCCACUACAGCCCACCUCUCGGUGCGGAAGGCAUUGAUGAGAACUGGGCUGGAGCCUUGACCCUAGAGUUGCCCAAGGAGCGGCGGCCCCGAUACUGCUCCAUCCGAGUGUGGCAAGAGUUGGAGCAAGCCUACCGGCCUCGUUCGUUGGCCUCCGAGCGCGCCGCGCUUCUGUAUCGGGUCACCCGAGAGAGCAGCGAAAAUGCAGCCCAGCUUCGUCGCACAGAGGGCCAGCGACGGGAAGAUGAAGUCUUCUCAACCGCCGAGCCUCCGCGGUUUACAGGCUGUGAUAUGGGCCCUUUGCCGCUGACUCCAGAGUCCUCAAUGGCAUGUAGGGCCAAGACGGAGUUCACAUGCUGCUUCAUGCCAACGAACCUGACGUCCGGUUCCUGUGAGUUCUGCGUGGUGGCAAACACUACAUCCUGCAGCAUCGGGGAGAAGCUGUUUGCGAUCUGGGCUCCCAACCUCCAGCUCUACCCGGCCUUUUUGGCAGAAGAUCUCGGUAGUGAUUUGGCCCGUGUCGAUUGGGAGGACGGUGACAUCUACUACCGCCAAGUCCCUUGGGCCUGGCUGCGGGCAAAUGGACGAGGCUGCCAUCCUGUCCAGGAGGGCUGUGCCGCUCACCACCAGUGCCCUACCGGCUACUACUGUUUCAGCUGCCACACCUGCGCUUUGGCCUAUGGCGGAAAUCCCCCCCCGGGCCUAUGCGAUCCUUGCCCUACCCACAGAGGCGGCGGCUGUGGCAGGCUCGAUGCAUGCACUCGGUUGCAAGACAGCAUCGACGACAACUGCCCCACCGAAGGGUUAAUUGAGUGCCCGUGCAAGGAGGAGUGGAGUGUAAGGUACCAGUAUCCAGGAGCCCCACCGGAACAGAGCAUCAACGAUUGCUAUUUUGAUGUGUCCUCGAACAGCCGCUGGUGCGAAGUGGAUGAAUCUUACCUCGGCAGCGGUUGCAAUCUGCAAAGGAUUGUGGGCAAGGAUCGCUUCAUUUUUUGGCAGACUUGCCGGCCCAAGACCUGCGAUUUUUGCAGUUGUGAUUGCAGCGAGAAUUGUCAGGCAUAUGAUGUGCUCCCAUCCUAUGGACGGCUUCCUGCCGAAGUGGUCCCUGGAGUCUUAGAUGCCCCGAUAAGUGACACAGUCAAGCGCUUCUCAGGGAUUGUGGCUCCAAACUGCACCCAGGGCAGUUCUGCCCGCAUCCGCGACGUUUGCGAGUACUGCGUGGCAUGUUGCAAUGACUACUGCAAUGCGAAAGCGAAGAGUGAAGGUGGCUUUGAUUGCACGACCACUGAGGUGUCAGGCUGCUCUGACAUGGUGCACGGAUGGGUGGACAGCGUGGGCCGAAAUUGCCCAACGUAUGUGGUAGAUAGCCUUUGCACCCAGCAAGGUCUUUAUGGCACCAACUGGGUAUACAAUCCUCCGCGUACGUUCGCAGACUUCUCUUCCAGUGGCCUGGCUGCCACCGAUGUCUGUUGCGACUGCGGUGGUGGAGUGGACUGCAGCGACAGUCCAUUUGACUGGGUUGAUUCUGACGGGCAUCCCUGCACAACUUACGAAACCUUCCAGUGGUGCAACCGUACGGGUUACGGCCCCGGUUGGGAUUUAUCCUGGGGACCCUUCAAGUUGGGGACAAGUGGUGUAGAUGCUCAUACGGCCUGUUGCAUUUGCGGUGGUGGACAGGCGCUAGCGGUACCGGAGGUCAUAAACAAUCUAGUCAAUGACGAAGCUACUUGCAGGGCUGUAUGGCCCGGGCGAGCGCAGUGGCAAGCACCUCCGUGGUUCCAGCGGAGCAUUCACUUGUGCCAACUGAAAAGCAACAUCUGUGGUCGCAAGUUGCAGGCGACAAUGUAUGAUCCAGCUACAGCAUCAAAUAUGGCUGAUGAUGAACGCAUAUUUGGGCUUUGCCUUCAGCGAGCAUACGACACUGGCACGCUUCCAUACCUCGAAGACUUCGAGAUGUCUUUGGCUCCCAUUGGAGCUGGGCGCCGUCUGCAAAGGCAGAACAGCACAAACAAGACAGUUUCUGGGGACGUGCCAUCUGCCGUCUCGGGAAGAAGGAAGAAGACGUCAAGAGCCUGGCAGCACCUGGCUGAGUAUUCCAACACAUCUAGGCGGCUUGCGAUCUUAGAUCGCAACCAAGAAAUGGAUCCCACGUUGCUGACGAGGCAACUGACUCUUGAGGGGGCCUCCAUUCGUGUGGACUUUUUUGGAAAUCGUGGCCUUGGUAUGUGCUACUACAGGAUGCCGGAUCCUCGCGAAAUGUUCGGCGGUGCCAAUCGCGAGGUCUUCCCUCCACCCCUUUUGCCCACCAGGGUCACGGAAACCGAUGUCUUCGAGAGGCCUACGCUCCAGGCACUCGGGUGGCCACAAAGCUUCUGGAGCGCUCUCUUCGAAGAUGGCGAUGCAGAGAAUGCAAUUUACAAAGUCCUGUGGCCACAGACCUUCAACACAGCCACGGAUUUCAGCACAGUGCUGCGCGGGUUGCUGGCCAAGCAUAGUGUGCAAUUAAUCCUGAAGGGAGAGUUUGACAAGCGAGUCCAGAACUGGACAGCGACUCUGGCCACUUUGGAGUGCAAAGGCCCUGAAGAUGAUCUGACCAAGUUCAGCCAGCCGACUGAGUGGCGUCCUGCCAUCCUUCAUGACCAGACAGGCUGUCGCGUGGCCCGCUGCGAUGUGGAUGAGAUGAUUUUGGAUGAGUUAACUUGCCGAUUAACAUAUGGCUGCACAGCAUCUUGCACGUUCUGCGCGUCCCCUGCCCUUGCUACUCAAGACAACGGCCUUUGCGUGUCAACUGACAUUGCGAGCUGCACCAACUUAGGCGGUGUCCUCAUUCAAGGAGAUCUCUUUGACGAAAGGAUGGGUGUGAAGCGCUUUCAGCGGCUCUGUGCUCUCCGCCACCGCCCGAUGAUGUAUUGCAUGGGCCCUGGGUUUUCCAUAAAGCGAUGUGAGAACUACGACGAAGCCAACUGCGAAGAAGAUGCCUUGGCCAGCCUGAUGGGCUGCUUUCAGAGUGUCCGUCCGUGCCAGACGGCGGACCGGUGCCAGAUGUCAGGCCAUUGCAGUGACGCGGACAUUGGCCUGAAUUUAGCCAGUCCCGGUACAUGUGUGAUUACUCCACUGGAUGAUACUCUGCUGCAGCAGGGGUGUUCUAUUGGAGGUGCUGGCAUCUUUCCAGAUGGAUUGUGUUUCUUUCGCUUGGAUCCCGCCUUUGGCAUGGAGGUCCGGCGUCGACACGGUCUGAUGGACCUGUCGAAUCGCUCUGAGGGAAGUGACGGAGGCUCUGGGACAGAGCUUGAAGAUGCUGCUGCCUGGGCCGCCUCGUUGCAAGAGGCGCGGCUCGCAUCGGAGACUACCAACACGGAUCUGCUGCGCGCUCGGCUGCGCGAUGCUGGCAAGCUGAACCAAUCAGAGUGCGAGGCGCUGAAUCCAUUGGCACCUCCCUUUCAGGCUGUGUGGAUUCAGCGGUCUGUGAGUCCAACCAGCUGUGCCCGUUGGAAAGCUUGCUGCCUGCUGCAGAGGGGUGACCGAUGUGAACUCUUCACCAACAAUGCAGUCAAUGCAGAAGCGGACCCACUACUCUCCCAAAGCAAGGAGGCUGAGUGCUCUCAAUGUGGGGGACGGUGGGUGGAGAUCUUCCGAUGGACGGCUGGCGUUUGGAAACGAGGUGAUUUGGUGCUGCCACAAAGAGGUUGGUACAGCCGUCGCUGGGGCAGCAUCAAUCGCUGGGUUGAAGUUGUAGACAUCGACUUGCUACGCCGACUCUUUGAGAAUGCGCUGGAGGAAAGGCUGGGGAGGCAAAGGCUAAAUGCAGCCGUUGGCAUGGUAGAGCCUCUGAUGAAAUCACUGCAACUCUUCGCCGCUGCUUGUGGGGAUCAGUCUGACGUCGUGGACUCCUCAGUCAAGAGGGCAGAGCUCAUGGAGGGCAAGCUUGCGGCAGCACCACAACUGCAGCUGCCUUCGGGUGCUUUUGAGCUCGGGCAGAUUUUGUCUACAUCAGGUCUCAUCAGCUCUGGAUCUGUUGGGGAUGUGCAGUUGUCGUGGCACGAAUACAGUGCCUCUCGAUUUGGUGAGGCGAGUGGCCCUGCAGUGACCUACGACCUGAGCUUAGUUCCAUUUGAAUAUUUGCUCGGAGUGGCAGCACCGCAAAUUGCAUUGCCUGGUAGGUCUGGCUUGGUUCGAAACUACUUGCUGGAGUAUUUGAUCGUCCAGGACACCACCACAACACUUUCGCCGGCGAGCAUGGAAACAAUCGAUGCCGGAGGAAUCCGCGGUGGCUACCCUGCAUGGAUUAUCAACGAGAUGAUCCGGCUGGACAUCGACGUCGAGGCCGAGGCCGAGGCAGCAGCCGAACUGGCAGAGAAGCUGGCGGCCACAGAGGAGACGCGGCGGCAGGAGCGCCUUCGUGCACAGGAAGAGGCAGCGCGAGCCGCCGACGCUGCAUCAGGGCUGCCGCCUGCCUCCCUCUACGUCCUCACGGGGGAGUACCUCGAGAACAACACGCAAGAUGGAUCAAACGGUGGCGACUCUUCCUUUAACCUCGCCAACUUUGAGUGCCGGAACGUGAUUGCAAAUGCUCAGGGCGAGGUUUUUGGGCAGAUCAUCGGGGAUUGCGUGCAGGUGCAGAGUUCACAGACGAUCGAGAACUCUGUGGAGCUAUGUUUGCCGCUUAGCUUUGGGACGCCUGAGGACAUCGAUGCCUUCAACAGUACUGCCCAAGUGGAAGUGGCUGGUAUGCGCUUCGAUUUCGCCGUGAGCCAGGUUGUGCCGGACACAUACGAAACAGACCUCCCACCACCUUUGCAGGCGGGCACUGAAGUGCCUGGCCGGCUUGGGGACGUGAUGUGGAAUUGGAAGGACAGCGCUGUCUAUGGUCGUCUCGUCCCCGGCAGCUUCCACUUGAGCCCAGCAAAUCUCGCGGCUGAAUUACGCUGGGACGGGGCAGCAGGGGCCCGGCUUUGUUCCCGAAUCUUUGCCGCAGAGACAUACUGUCCGAUUUUGCGUCUCGGUACUCAUUUCCGCUCCCCCAUCUGGACAAAUGCAACGGGACAGCCCCGUGUGUCUGGCUUUGAUUCAAGCUGUGUUGAGUUUGAUGGGCUUUUGGCUGAAAUUCAUCGGCGGCAGUACGGCUCUGCGAUUCCCUAUGUCCCUUUGGAGCAACAAGUGGCCGAAGUGGAGGUCCUCGAAGAAAGGCUGAGCAGGGGAGUGCUGCCACCGGUCACGCCAACCUCAAACUUGCCAGUAUGCUUGCCCGGCCAGUGCCUUGUACAACAUGAGAAUGGGCUCCAGGUCAUGGCCGUGGGUGCAAGCGAUGGGAAAUGUGCAAUAAAGUGCUAG